CUAGCCUAAUCUGUUUCCCGAUGAUGGCAUUCGAUCGGAUCGCGAUACGGACAGGACGCGCGAGGUUGUUCCUAUUGUUAUAAAGCCAACGAUGACGUGCGGUUACGUUAUAAUAACAACGAUGAAAUAGCGAACGUCGUCGAAAGCGAGAUAGAAGUGAACGUAUCUCCGAGAAUGUUGACAUCGGCGAGCUACGCUAUUAAAUUCAUUAAGAUGGAGUAGAUGUUACGUGCGUAACGAGAUAUACCUGUGACGAAGCAGCGUUUCGAAAAUAUUCGUCGCGGUGUUUUGGUCUCCUCUUCGAUUUAGAGAUCGAUUCGAAGUAGGAAAAAAAUGGAAGAAAAAUGCAGUAAUACAAGUAUGAUAGAGGAGGAGGAGCCUGAAGACUCUGAAAAUAUAAUAAUUAAUGAAGUGGAUGGCUUACCAAAUUUACAUCCAAAUUACGAACAAUUAGAACUCGAAUUCGAAAGAGAAAGUCACGAUACAGAUAUUAGAUCAAUUGAUGAGUUGGUUCAUGAUGAAGAUUUACCAACUUCUGUAAUUGUUACUAAUGUCGAUCCUCGAGUUUUUAAAAAUGAUGAUCUAAAGCCAGCCAUAGAAAAUCUUUUCAAACAAUUUGGAGAAGAUGCUACGUUUCAAUAUUUUAGAUCCUUCAGAAGAAUGAGGGUAAAUUACAAUUCUCCCAAUGCUGCAGCAAAUGCAAGAUUGCAUUUGCAUCAAACACAUUUUGGAGAAACUGAUAUUAAUUGUUAUUUUGCACAACCAGUAACGCCUAUAGAUAUGGAGGAUCAGCAUCUUCAACCACCAGCUCUUACUAAACAAUUUCUCAUAUCUCCUCCUGCUUCUCCACCGGUUGGUUGGGAACCACGCGAGGAAGGAGAGCCGCUCGUUAAUCACGAUCUAUUAGCUGCUAUAGCCAAUUUAUCCACAGGCGGAACUCACGAGAUACAUCCAGGAGGAUCGGGACAGCCAGGCAUAGUCGUGCAUGUUUGCGAGAGUGCAAGUUCGGCGAAGAAUGCGCCUCGCAUUCAACAUACGCGAUGUCCGGAACACUAAUUUUCUCCUUUUUUUAUUUAUAAUACAUUGAUAGAGUCUUAUAAUCCACAGAGUAACUAGACUCGAACUGAAAAAAGAGCGCAUCUAGUGAGCAAUUUUAAAUUAAAAAAUAUUAUUAUAUCAAAGUUAUAAUUCACACAUUUGAUUGUGUGAUUAGUAUCCAAAUGAUAAGUGAUGCAUUGUAAAAAAAUUUACAGUUUGCAGACAACGAUGAGAUCUGGUAUAUAAAUAUAUAUAUAGUAUUUACUAAGCUUCCCUUGGGUAGCAAUGAUUUAUAAAUAUCCAAAAAUUUAUAUUUUUAAUCAAUUAAAAAUUACUUUUUCUUGCAUUUUUUAUAUUAUUGUAGUGUUUAAUGUUCCUACAAAAUUUUGCACUGAUUACAAUUGUUAUAUACUUAUCAAGAAAGAGUUUAAUUGUGUUUGUAAAUUUACAAAAUUUGUGAAUUGCUUACAUUUCUUGUUUCUUACAAUAUAUAUGAUGAGUUAAAGAAAUUCCAAGACUGGCCUAUAUUUCUAUAUUAUUAUUUCCUUAAUCAUAUUAAUAAUUGAUAUUAUAUCGUACAUAUCGUGAAAAAUUACGUCCGAUGUGAUAAAAUUAAAAAUCAAUGAAUCAAAGAAGGAAAUUGUUAAAGAUAUAUUCAAAGAUUUUGCAAUUCUACCUCUCAUUGUCGGUGUUAUUUCUAUUCUUAAACAGUACAUAAUGUAAAACAAUAUUGUUGUAAAUCUAUAAAAGAUACUAAUGUUAGAAUUGAUCGACAGAAUCAAAAAAUUAGAAUUGUUCAACAGCU